CCACUGUUGAUUACUCAGACUGAAAAUGGACGUAGAGACCUGGGAAGAUGAAUUUUACGAUGAGAUGGAAAUGGAAGGAGUGCCUAAUGAGUGGGAAUUCUGUAUAGAUGAUGCCCUUCAAAUGCAAGAGAAAGGAGCGAAGUACACACAACGCACAUUUGGGAGGUUCCGAUGUUCUAGAUGUAAACGUUGGUGGAACUCCGCAGAAAUUCAUGUUUUAUUUUUCAUAAGUCUGAAUAGACACCUACAACAAGGCACUGUAAAGAUGAGGAUCUUCAAGCAGGAAUGUAAAAGAUGCACGUCUCCUAAAAUGGAACAACCAGAGAUUAGUCAUGAGAAUAUCAAGAGAAUCACCAAAAACCUGGUGAAUCGCAUUGUGCUGGUAUUCUAUGGAGGGAAGAAGGCCAAACAAGAUUUAAAGCCUGAAGUAUAUGGUAGGGAAAUGGAAGGUCCUCACGAUAAGGAGCACUGUGAGGCUUGCAAGUUGGGAGUCUGUAGAUGGCAGAUUGUGGCAACCAAAACACAAUCAGAGGUUAGAGGUUCCUCUGUCCAAAUGAAUCCUACUUCAAAGCCAACAUCAUCAUAUGCUUCUCCAUCUAUAGCAACCUACCCAAGCUAUAGCUCGGAUUUUCAAUCAACAGCAGCCUACUCAGGCUAUGAAUCAGAUAUUAGAUAUAGCCCUAAUUAUAAUACAGGAAGAUCUGCAGCUCACUCACCAUCAAGUAGAGGAGAAGAAUCUAACUUUUCUCUGGGGGCCUUACUUAUUACAGGAAUUGUGGCUUUGGCAUUAUGGUAUCUCAAAAGAUAAAGCAUAACCGUUAUAUUAUAUUUGUCCAAUUCAUUAAAAGAGAUUACAUUUGUCCAUAAAAGUCUCUGUUAAGGACAGAAAAAGAAAAUACAAAAUUUGUAUCAUUGGUUAAAGAUUAAAUUAGUUGAACACAGAUCUUCAUGAUCUCUACUUUUUGAGAUUCACUUGCCUCAGUAUAGAGUGGGGGUCUUGACGGAAAAGUGGCUGAGCAUGCACAGUCACUCUCUAGAUGGAAACUGCUUAUUGAGAGCACUCACUUUGGGUUCCCCUGUCCUCUGGAUCAUUGGCCUCCCAGUGGUCAGAACCAUUCAGUUUUUUAUAACAACCUGUAGAUAGACUAUAAAACAAUAGAUUGUCGUUAGUCCCUUACAUAUAUGGUAUUUUAGGUACUUUAGAUAUUUGGUGUUUUUUUUUUUUCACCCAAAAGAAUUUAUAAAUGUACGGCAUAAGCCUGCCAAAAAUGUACAAAACAUUUUUUUAUGUUACUUUUAAAUGUAAAAAAUCUAAACACUGGAUUGAAACCUACACUAUGCCAUUCAUUUGUAUAUACUGUGCAAGGUAUACAUGGAUAAAUAUACAGGAAGAAAGGUACUGUAUCUGUUUUAAGGACAAAGUGAUAAGAGGUACAAGAAGGAGAAUUGCAUAGACCGAGAAAGGCAAAGGCAGUAACUUGCAUAUAAUAUUAAAAUGAUUUUUCUGGUUUACAUCAACAUCCUUUAAAAUAAUCAUUUAUGAAGGUAUCUGUAGUAUUGUAAUGUAUUUCUUUUACCUUUAUUGCUCCUCUCUUGCGCUCUGGGCCAUGGUCACAUGACCGCGCCAAUGCAGCUCUUUCUAAUUUCCUGUGAUGUUCUGUCCAUGUGUGUGUCUAAGCAGCAACAGGGGCAGUGAUAGGGGAGUGUGUGUGACUGGCUGAGUGGGGGGAGCUAGGUGGGUGUUGUUAGGGCGCGGCUGGAACUGUUACAUUCUUGCUUCCUAUUUGAGUAUUGUUUUUUUUAAUUUUAUUUUACAAAUUACUAAAUGUGUCAUCAUCAUAUGCUUUUCAAACCCCUUAUUUACAAGGUAGUACCCCACCUUAUGCACCCACAACUUUUACAUUACCCUUAUGAGAUACUCCAAUAUACAAGGUGGGGACAACAUGAAAACAUAACACACCUCAGCCGCCGCAGAACCUCAUAAUACACAUCUCAGCUGCUGCAGAACAUCUUAAUACACACCUCAUCUGCUGCAGAACAUCUUAAUACACAACUCAGCUACUGCACAACCUCCUAAUACACACCUCAGCUGCU